UUGCGCAACCAAGAUACAAUAGAAAUCUUAGAUAAGUUCGAUCGAAGAGUAAAAUAUACAGAGAAUCAUAUAAUAUACAGAAAUGGUAGACCAGAAGAAGACAAAUCGUGAGAGUUGGUGAAGACUACCCUCUCCCUGGAUUGUAUCGACGUAUACCAAAGCCGCCAUAGCCAUAGCUUUCUUUAUCUAAUUGAACCAGGCCAGGACGCCGUCGCCUAAUUGCCUAGGGAAACCGAUCGAACAGGAAUUGAAAGUUCCGUCGGCGGUUUCGGUAUCGAUUUGAGGAAUUGAAAAUUAAUAAUUAUAAUAAAUAGGAUUUAUCGAUAUCGCGAGAAUGGAUGAGAGUUUGUUGGCGAAGGAGAAGCUUCCAGAUGAGGAAGGAAGAUCCGUAUGGCCGGAAAUAAAGAGGUUAGGGUUUCUCGCGGGGCCUUUGGUCGUCGUCACUUCUCUCCAAUUCGUCCUCCAGAUUAUAUCUCUAAUGAUGGUCGGCCAUCUCGGCGAGCUCCAGCUCGCCGGCGCUUCCCUCGCCACCUCCCUCGCCGGCGUCACCGGCUUCAGCUUUAUGCUAGGUUUGGCGAGUGCUUUGGAGACGCUAAGCGGGCAAGCCUACGGCGCUAAGCAAUACGAGAAAGUGGGGACACAGACGCACACGGCCGUGUUGUCUCUGAUAAUUGUGUGCAUUCCCCUCUCUGUUCUGUGGCUCUUCACCGGGAAAUUGUUCGCCGUCAUCGGCCAGGAUCCGGCGAUCUCCGCCGAGGCCGGCCGGUACAUAAUCUGGCUGAUCCCGGCGCUGUUCGGCUACGCCGCGCUGCAGCCGCUUAUACGGUACUAUCAGACGCAGAGUAUGAUUCUGCCAAUUGUGGCCAGUUCCUGCUUCUCCAUAGUCUUCCAUGUAAUUAUCUGUUGGCUUGUCGUUUAUCGGACGGCGAUGGGCAGCGUCGGCGGCGCCGCCUCUAUGGGGCUGUCGGUGUGGCUCAAUGUGGUGGCGCUUGUGGCGUAUAUGAAAUGGUCUCCGGCCUGCGCCAAGACGCGUGCCCCAAUUUCGAUGAAGGUUUUAGAUGGAAUGGGGGAGUUCUUCAAAUUUGCAGUCCCUUCUGCUGUCAUGAUUUGUUUGGAGUGGUGGUCUUAUGAAUUGCUGAUUUUGCUGUCGGGACUUCUCCCUAAUCCUCAGCUCGAAACCUCUGUUUUAUCCGUUUGCUUGAACACGAUUUCGACGCUGUAUGCAAUACCGUCAGGAUUGGCGGCGGCGGGAAGCACGAGGAUUUCGAACGAGCUCGGAGCCGGAAACCCGCAAGGGGCGCGAACAGCCGUGAUCGCAUUAAUGCUCUUCGCGGGCAUGAACGCCGUCGUUGUGAGCACAAGCCUUUUCGCUACCCGAAACAUCUUCGGCUACAUAUUCAGCAACGAAAAGGAGGUCGUGAGCUACGUCACGAAAAUGGCGCCGCUCGUUUCGUUAUCCGUUAUAGUCGACAACACCCAAGGAACCCUAUCGGGCGUAGCUAGGGGAUGCGGGUGGCAGCACAUUGGGGCGUAUAUCAAUCUCGGGGCGUUCUACCUCUUCGGGAUACCGAUCGCCGUUGCUCUCAGCUUCUGGCUCGACUUACGCGGCCGGGGACUGUGGAUCGGCGUCCUUGCCGGCGCGACAAUUCAGUCGAUAUUGUUCGGAGUGAUAACUUGCUGCACGAAUUGGGAAAAACAGGCAAUUGGUGCAAGGCAGAGGCUGCUGGCUGAGGAGAGUGCGACUUUAGCCUCGGAAGAGAGGGUUGUGUGAAUUGAAAUUCGCUUUCACGAAUGAUUGGUUAUUUUCUUUUUU